AUGGCGCCUACCGUCCACCAAGUUGCCCAAAUCUUCGAAGAUUCACAACCUGAACCAAGAGGCCGGAGGCCAUACCACAGUCGAGUUCCUUCUGUAGGCAAUGUUCUGAGAGGUCGAAGAAAGGAGAGCCAGAGUCCUGUGAAGCCUCAGAAACAAUUGCUUCGCGAGGGUAGCGAGUCAGCCAGCCCUCUUGGAGAGCGACACAUCAACAGUCCACCACAACCGAAACGGAUCCCUACCAAAACAGGUGAUGAGACCCGUCCACCAGCAACUCCCACACAUAAGAAGACAGGCAGCUCUGUUUCUCUGAGAGGUUUGAUACUUGGGAAGGAAAAGACUUUGGACACUGGCAGCAUCUCCUCUACGGACGAGAGGACUGUGGCUGAGAAAAAACCCAAGAAGGUCAAAUCGGCAACUAAUCUCACUGGACUUCUGAAGAGGAAGUCCAAGAAGGAUCUAAAAGAAGAUAUCCGUGACCAGGAGAACGUGUCCCCCACCAAAACAACGCAAUUGCCGAGUCCAACCCCUAUCUGGGCUCAAUUUGCUACGCAACCACUGGAGAGCUUAGACGGCACCAUGCACUAUCCAAUGGCUCAAAGACGAACUGUCGAAGAGGAAAUCAGCCUGUAUACUCCUAAGGACUACUCUGAGUUCCGGCCUUCGGAGCAGAGAAACUUUUAUGGAUAUGCUCCGCCAGUACCAUCUCCUGUUGAUGUUCGACCACCCGAACGACCCUUUCUGGAGCACAAGUCUAGUAGGAGCUCGAUCUUCACGGAGAAUCUCGAAGACGAAGCUGGUGGUGAGAAACAGAGACCAAAGAGUAGAGAGCAGUCUGUCAGCCGUCCGAGUUCAUCUUAUGCCUCGGAGUCUCGCCCUCCGUUGCAGACACGGUCCUCUGAGUCAUCUCAGACCGAUAACAAAGCGAAAAGGGGAUCAAGGGUGUUUGAGGUUAUUCAAAACUUCAACCUCAAGUCACGCCGAGAUGCUCGAUCGGCGGUAGAGUCUCAGAGCAGUGCCAACCCACCUCUAAGCCCUCAAGAGCUCGACACGGCAUUUGAGAAGGUUUUGGAUGCUCUCAACAUUCCCAUGAACAUGCGUGACAACAUGCGUAACCUGAAACCAGAUGUUAAAGCCGGGCUAAUGAAGGGAGAAAGAUCUGGAAGUGGUUCAUCCUCGGGUUCAGCGCCUCUUAAUGGUACCGACAGUCGGCCAUGGGCAGGAAGUCCCAAGAAAUCCGACAACAAUCGACCCAAAAGUCAGGAUGACGACGGAAAGGAAGGGAAACGGUCUCGAUCAAGAUCACGCCCCCGCAGUCGGAUCCUGACAUUGUCAAAAAGUGAUGAGACAUCGCCUACCAAAGCUGACCGGCCAGGAUCUUCUUCGAGAUCUCGCAGCAAGACUCGCAACAAGUCCACAGACAUUACCUCUUCGAGGCCAACGUCGUCGAAGGCUAUGGCAUCUUCGGCAUCUCUUGCAUCCUUGAACGCCACGGAUAGCGCCACGACUCCGGGCGACUUUAUUCAUUAUCUUCGUGAGGUACAGAAGCCAGAACUUGUCGAAGUCAGCAAGAUCCACAAGCUUCGAAUACUACUGAGAAAUGAGGCCAUCAGCUGGACGGACCACUUCGUGACAAGGGGCGGCAUGGACGAGCUGAUUCAGUUGUUUUACCGGAUUGCAAAGAUUGAAUGGCGAGAAGAGCACGAGGAUAAUCUGCUACAUGAAACCCUGCUCUGCUUGAAAGGUCUCUGCACAACGUCAUUGGCGCUUCAACGUUUGGAACAGGUCGAAAAAGAGUUCUUUCCUGCUCUACUCACAAUGUUGUUUGAUCCUGAGAGGAAAGGACCGUCGGAGUUCGCGACUCGGGGCAUUGUCGUUUCCCUUCUGUUCGCGCAUCUCUCAUCCUCUGUGGGUGGCGGCCAAGGCCGAAUGCAGAAGAGAGCAGAAGUGGUUCUUGGGUUCCUCCGUGAUCCAGCGCCAGAAGAAAGCAAGCAGAUUUUGGACUUUGUUUCCAGAAUGCACAUCUCCCGCCCGUACAGAGUGUGGAGCCGGGAAGUUGUGAACGUGACCAAAGAGGUGUUCUGGAUAUUUUUGCAUCAUCUCAAUGUUGUGCCUAUUGUUGAGACCGACGAAAGCGUGGGCUAUUCGCGAGCUCACUACCCAGCACCCAGACCACCACAUCCAGCGGCUCCAUAUGUAGGCGGUGUGGAGUGGGAAGCAACGCAGUAUCUGGCGAUCCACUUGGACCUCCUCAACGGCAUCAUUGCCUCCAUUCCCAGCUUAGAAGAGCGGAACAGUCUACGAGAAGAAAUGAGGAACUCUGGUUGGGAGAAAGUGAUGGGUGGUAGCCUGCGGACCUGCAAAGAAAAGUUCUACAGCGGUGUUCAUGAUGGAUUGAAAUGUUGGGUUUCAGCAGCCAAAGCAGAUGGCUGGCCAGUCGAGGAUGUCCGAGCAGGGCCUCCAAGAGAAGCCGCCAGCCCUAGGAAGAGUCCGGUCAAGAAGAAGGCAGAUGAGCCACCCCAGCUAGCAUUAACACCGAUCUCGAAGGGAGAUGAUGGAUGGAUUUGA